UCAUCGAGAGCGUCAAGUGUGCGAUUCGAUGCACAAACCGUCGUUCUCUCCAUUAUGUUGUUGUUGUUGUUGUUGUUGAUGUUUUAACACUGUAUUUGAUAUUUCGAUGUUUUAGUUUGUGAACGCGUGCGCGGAAGCGAUCACGUGACGAGGAAGGAAGAGGAAAAUAACGGUUUUGCUUGUUGGCUUUAUUUGGAUGGAAUAAACUUCGCACGCGCAGUUGAACGAAGGCGAAGGCAAGUUAUUGUUCUUUUAGUUGUGCCAGUUGCCAACAUGGAGGCGAGAGGAAAGUAUGACUUCACGGCCACGACGACAGGCGAGCUGAACUUUAAGAAGGACGACGUGGUCAAGAUUUUAAGCACACACGGCGAGUGGUACAAAGCCGAGCUGGACGGACACGAAGGCUACGUACCCAAAAACUACAUGAACGUGACCGCGCCGGCAUGGUUCCGGGAGAAUGCCACUCGCGGCGCAGCGGAAAAAAUCCUCAGCGCCAAAGCCAUCGGAGCCUUUGUUAUCCGGGGAUGUCAAAGUUCACCGGGAAAUUUCUCCAUCUCCGUCAAGCACGAGUGCGACGUGCAGCACUUCAAGGUCAUCCGCGACGAAGGGGGUCACUACUUCCUGUGGGCCGAGAGGUUCGCGUCCCUCAACAAGCUGGUGGAUUUCUACAAGACUUCGUCCAUCUCCAAGACCGCCGACAUCUUCCUCGACGACGGCGCCGACGCCGCCGGAACGCCCGGCGCUCAGUCGGUGGAGAGAGGAAGUUUACCCAAGCAGCCAAUUAUGGCCGACAUCCUGGCCGCCAACAUGGCCGCUGCCUCGCGCAGAGUCUCCGAACAGCCUCGGCCGAGCCACACGGCAAGGGGGCGUGGCCUGGAGGAGCGUGUUGAGAGUGCGGUCCAAUCAGGAAGAAGAAGCCCGAUCGGUGCCGCUCGAGCUCCUGACGCCGCCCACCUCCGCCAGAGGGCGCCGCCGCAGCAGGUUUUGGCUUUGUACGACUUCAACGCGGAAGAAGACGAUGAGUUGAGCUUCACCGCCGGCGACGUCAUCAACAUCGCCGAUGCCUCCGACCCGACCUGGUGGACAGGGCGCUGCGGCGGCAGGAAAGGACUCUUCCCGGCAAACUACACCAGGCCGCUAUGACGCAAGACACACCAAGAUUGAGGAUGACGAAGAACAACAAGAAGAAAGAGAAGAGGAGGAGCAAAGAGGAGGAAGGAGAGAAGGAAGAGGAGACAGAAAACAAGUCUGGCUCCAUUUAUUAGGUACAGGAGAAAUGUUUCAAAAUAAAAGUACAACAUUUCAUUUUGAUGUGCUUUUAUUUUGUAUGCACCGCAAAAGCACCAAUCAGAAUCAUUUCUAGCAUGAGACAGAAGUGUGCCAUGCAAGGCAUUAUGGGUAGGCAGUAGGGCUGGGCUGUUGUCGCCAUUCGUUCGAGGUUAUUUGGCAGGAUUGUUCGAAAGAAUAUACUAUAUAAAAAAAGUAUACUAUA